AUGAAUGUGCCAUUCAGACAUCUCCAAACCGCAUCAAAAUCUCUCUCACAAGCAGCACAAGAGGCGCUCUCGUCUCACUCCGAUAUUCCGCCCAAGGUCUCUUACACUCCUGGCCCAGGUCCCAAUGAACCAUGUGCGGAAAAUGUUACCAUGUUCCAAGCCUUCGAGUGGAAUUGCCCUAAGGACCAAAAGCACUGGACACGCCUUGCUACUGCAAUGCCCUCACUAAAAGCAAUCGGUAUUGACAACAUGUGGAUUCCUCCCGGCUGCAAAGGUGGCUGGCAUGGCAGUAAUGGCUACGAUAUUUAUGAUUUAUACGACCUCGGAGAGUUUGAGCAGAAGGAUUCGAGAGGCACGAAAUGGGGUACCAAGGACGAGCUGGACGACAUGAUGGCUGUGGCCAGGAAAUUGGGCGUUGGGAUAUAUUGGGACGCUGUAUUGAACCACAAGGCCGCCGCCGACUUCUCAGAGCCCUGCUAUGCUGUGAAAGUUGAUCCGAAAGACCGCACCAAAGAAUUAGGCAAGCCGACCGAGAUCGAAGCCUGGACGGGCUUCGACUUCGCCGGCCGAAAAGGUCGAUAUAGCCCUAUGAAAUAUCGAUGGCAUCAUUUCACGGGUACCGAUUAUGAUCAUAGGACCCAAACGAACGGUGUCUUCAAAUUUCUGGGCAGGGGCAAGAAAGAUUGGGCGAAGGAUGUUGAUGACGAACUAGGUAACUACGAUUACUUAAUGUUUGCCGACAUCGACCAUUCCAACCCGGAAGUUCGGGAAGAUGUUUUUCGUUGGGGUGAGUGGAUUGGACAGGAAGUUGGAAUAUCCGGCAUCCGGUUUGAUGCCGUGAAGCACUACUCUGAGGACUUUCUAAGAGAUUUCGUUCGUCACCUUGAUCGGACAGUAGGCAAUAAGUGGUUUCUGGUUGGCGAGUAUUGGCGAGACGACCUUGAGGUGCUCGCCGGAUAUAUCAAGCGCAUGGGCUAUCGUCUAUCGCUAUUCGAUGUCCCACUUGUCAGCAACCUUGCACGUAUCUCAAUGGCACGAAAGCCUGAUCUACGAUUGGUCUUCAAGGACACUUUGGCGUUGCACCAUCCACUGAAUGCAGUUACAUUUGUGCAAAAUCAUGAUACGGUCAGUGUGCUACCUUAUAAGCCUCGGUUCUCAUCCACUAACAAACCCCAGCAAGAACGCGGAUCACUCGAGACCAUCGUAACACCCGACUUCAUGGCCCACGCCCACGCCCUAAUCCUUCUCCGCCUCUCUCCCGCCUACCCCUGCAUCUUCUAUGGUGAUCUCUACGGCAUUCUCGGCUCGAGAUCCCGUCCACCAGCCUGCGGGGGGCAACUUCCCAAGAUGAUCCUCGCCAGGAAGUUGUACGCAUACGGGGGAAUGAAUGAGUAUCUCGAUGAGAAGGAAUGUAUCGGAUGGACCCGUCUCGGCCAUCCCUCCAAAUCCAACGGCGCCGGUCUAGCCGUGCUCCUCAACUCGUCACGCGCAUCCUACGGCCACAAACGAAUGAACGUCGGCAAGCACCAUGCCGGUGAGACGUGGACCGAUAUCAUGAGCUGGGCCUGGGGCGAAGUCUGCAUCGACCAAGAGGGAUGGGGUACGUUCCCGGUAGGGCCCAGGAGCGUGGGUGUAUGGGUGAACGCGAGAUCAGAGGGGAGAAGGGGCCUCGAUCAUCUGGUUUUCGAUGACGAUAUCUACAAACAGGCCGCUUGCGUGACUUCCUAA